CAUGCUGCUGCUCAAGAACGCCAUGCUGGCCCCGAGGGGCGCCUGGGCGGCGCGCCUUCUCUGGGGCCUGGGUGGCCGAUCUUGGGACCAGGGCGGGCCGCAGCCACGGGGCCCCGGCGGCUGCCGCUGCAGUAGCAGCAGCCAGCCUGAGCCUUACGACGUAGUCGUCGUGGGCGCGGGGAUCCUGGGCCUGGCCGCGGCCCGGGCCCUGCUCCUUCGGCGGCCGGGCCUCCGCGUGCUGGUACUGGAGAAGGAGGCGGGCGUGGCGCGGCACCAGACAGGCCACAACAGCGGCGUCAUCCACAGCGGCAUUUACUACACGCCUGGCUCGCUGAAGGCCCGGCUGUGUGUGCGCGGCGCCGGCCUCCUGUACGCCUACUGUGAGCAGCGCGGCGUCCCAUACCGGCGCUGCGGCAAGCUGGUGGUGGCCGUGGAGCGCGCCGAGCUGCCCCGCCUGCGGGCCCUUCACCAGCGUGGCCUGCAGAACCACGUGCCGGGCCUGCGCCUGCUGCAGCCGCCCGAGAUCAGGGCCCGUGAGCCGCACUGCCGCGGCCUGCUGGCGCUCGAGUGUCCCUCCACCGGCAUUGUGGACUACACGCGGGUGGCCGCCACCUUCGCCCAAGACCUGGAGGAGGUCGGCGGUGCACUCACCACUGGCUUCGAGGUAGUCCGCAUGCAGCUGGCCCACGACGCGCCCGGCUCCCCUCUUGAACUCCACAGUGCACGCGGCGCCCGUGUCCGAGGCCGCUUCGUGGUCACCUGCGCUGGGCUGCACUCGGACCGCGUGGCGCAGCUGAGUGGCUGUAGUCCCGAGCCGGGCAUCGUGCCCUUCCGUGGGGACUACCUGCUGCUCCGGCCCGAGCGAGCCCACCUGGUGAAGGGCAACAUCUACCCUGUCCCCGACCCCCGGCUUCCUUUCCUGGGCGUCCACUUCACGCCCAGGAUGGACGGCAGCAUCUGGCUCGGACCCAAUGCCGUCCUGGCCUUAAAGCGAGAGGGCUACGGGUCGCUGGACUUCUCGGCAAGGGACACAUGGGACUCGCUGCGGAACAGCGGCCUGGUCAAGCUGGCGCUGGGCAACCUCUCGUUUGGACUCGGGGAGAUGUACCGAGCCGCCUUCCUGCCCGCCACCGUCCGGCAGCUGCAGAAGUUCAUCCCCGAAAUCACCGUCCAGGACGUCAUCCGGGGGCCCUCCGGAGUGCGGGCCCAAGCCCUCGACAGCCGGGGAAACCUCGUGGAGGACUUUGUGUUUGACGGCGGGUCCGGAGACCUCGGAGCCCGGGUUCUCCACGUGAGAAACGCCCCGUCCCCGGCGGCCACUGCCUCCUUGGCCAUUGCGGAAGUGAUUGUAGAUGAAGUAGAACAGAGAUUUACAUUGUGAAUGAUGGAGCGAAGACAGUCGGCCAAGGAUCCCACUAGGUAUUUUUAAGGGAAAAGUUUGCUGCCUUAAGUCUUAAGAAAACACUAAAAUGUGAAUUGUGCACUGUGAAAAUAAUUAUUCUCUAAAAUAAAAACCUAUGACCCUUUAAAAAAAA